AUGAACACUCUACCUGAGCACGGGUUUGUCUUGCACACUCAGUCAUUCAGAGACAACCCUGGCAAAUCAAAUAAAAAGCAACCAGAUGGUCUACCUCUUCCUAAAAUAUCAAGAACAGAUAACAGCGUCCGCCGACAUUCUAUAUAUCGUGAGAUGAAUCUAGACAAGUUCAGGAGCUACGUCAAUUCCAUUCGUAACUACCCAACCGUUAAAGUUCCUUACCAUGGACUUUACAGACCGGAGGACCAGGCCAACGCCGCAUUAGAUGGGGCGGAAGUUGCCCGACUACCGCAGCCUGGCAGACGCUAUGGAACAUUCUAUUCUUCUGUGUCCAGUGUUGGUGCUGUCUUCACUCGCUACUGGCCAGCCGUCCUUGGCGUGUCUGUUGGCACUAUUUUCCUGGUCACAGCUUUGGUUACUUCGAUUUUAUGCCGGCAGCGCAGAAUGUUGAUCCAGCGCGUUAGAUGGUCAGACUCGCCCCAGCACGUGACUGAGCCACCUGAUACCAGCGAGUAUACUUCGUCCUCGGAAGCUUCGCUGGCCAGUGACCUCACCCGGUCUUCUAUUCAUCUAAUGUGA